AUGUCUACCAUGAGCAGAUCUCGCACAAGCCUCUCCCCGGCCGCCUCCGAGAGAUCCACCCUUCCAAUGGGUGCCUCCGCAGAACCGGGGAGCCCAGAGUUCAAACCCCUAGAGCCGACGAGGGAGCAGCUGCUUGCACAUUUUUUCGAAAGAUUCAAAUUCUAUACAUCACUUUGCCUCGGAACGUCAGCCAUACUCGCCGUGUUUGCUUUCCUCUUCCUAAUCCCAUUCGUGGUUGAACCAGCUAUACAAACUAUACUGGCUGAAUUCGUACCUGAAGCAGGAAUAUGUUCUGUAUCAGCUCAUGUUCACGCUGAGACCCUGACGAAUUGCACGUGGGCGUCUUGUAGAGAAGGCUGCACGACCGCGCACACCAAGUGCCAUAAGAUAAGAGUGAAUCUAGCUAGAACCCCGUUUGUUGAAGGUGGGCCGGUACCAGUCGAAUGGGAUGAAACAGACUUGAAAUUUCUGAUAAACCCUGAAGGUUGUGGAUAUCCUCCAAGAGUGAACUGUUCGGUGUUUGCGAAUGAUUACGCUGGGCCGGACGCACCAAAGAUAUUCCCUUGUUACUACAGUUUAACAAGACCAGAUUUGGUAGUGGCGAGGUAUUCUUGGGAUUCUACAAUUCGGGGGCUGGUGUUGGCUCUGGUGCUACCAACGGCGGUAUUCGUCUUUAGUCUAAGUGUCCUCGCGUACUGGCAUUGUCGUUGUUGCGACAGGGCCUGCAAUCGAAGAGUACACGCAGAAUCUUUCGCUAGUAAAGAGGAUAGCAAACUCCUGUGUGAGCUGGACGACGACCCCAGCGAUGACGUGUUCUGACGCCGCGCCUCGUCCGCCCGCCGACGCGCCUCCCCCCGCACCGGUUACGCUCAGCUAUGAAGACAAUCAUGCCGUAACAUGGCAUUAGCAAGACGUAUUCGCCUGGGCAGCGGAUAAGUUUCCUUUCUUUUACCAGUUCCUAAU